GAGAAAACUUUGUAAAAUGCAAAUUACCAAGAACAUUCACUAGCAACCGAGGCUUUGAGGCGGAGCCUCGCCGAGAGCCGAGCCAAUGGGCUUCCACUAUUAAAAGCAAUAACAGAGAAUCGGGUGCUAAUUGACCAAUCAUUGACCACGCUGGCUCAUAAUGGCGAUAAGAACAGACAGAACAACGUAAAAGGAGUAGAACAGUUCCAGCUUGCCGUAUAAGUCCACGUGAACUCCUUGCGUGCUCACCUCGGAGAGUUGUGUUGCUGUGACUGUUCUCUAACUCACUCAGGUGGCGCCGCGCCGGGCCAGCAGACUCGAGUGCUUCUCAGUGCUAAUUGGGACGAGUGUGUUGCUGUGCAGGCAAACUGCGACCCACACCACCAGGCGCCCGCAGCCUUGAUGAUGCCACAAGCGCCCACGCCCGUGGUGCCCACACGCCCACGACUCGGCUUCUCGAUAGAGUCCCUGGUGGGCUGCGGCGAUGAGAAGCGGGCGUCAGCGUCGCCGCCCGCGCCGGGGUUCACCAAGCUGGCCGAGUCCCCGCCGCACCAGCCGGCGCGGGACCUGGGCAGCUUCGGCCUGCCGCGGGAGUUUUUCCUGGUGCGGGAGCAGCAGCUCCGUGACCAGCUGAGGGACCAGCUGCUGAAGGAACAGCUGCUGCGUGUCCAGCAGGCCCACCAGGAGCCCAACCCCCGCACCUCGCCGCUCACCUCCCCCACCCGCACACACUCGCCGCCCUCGACACAGUACGAGGACGAGAAGAAGGCGCCGUCACCGCUCACCAGCCCCGUCUCUCUCCCGCCGCCCAGCCUCCUGCCGGGCUCCGGCAUGCCCCUGCACUCCCAGCUGCUGCCCCUGGCGGCCCACACCGGCCACCACCACCUGCCUGCACACCUCAUGCCGCAUCCUCUCCUCACACACGGCCAGGUGCCCCAGCUGCACGGCGGCCACAUGCACCCCGCGGCCUGCCCCAGGGACUACCCACUCUACCCCUGGCUACUCUCCCGCCACGGCAGGAUCUUUCCUCCAGGCUUUCCCGGCGGUCACGAAUUCCCCACCUUCCUGCUGCCCUUCCGCAAGCCCAAGAGGAUCCGCACGGCGUUCAGCCCGAGUCAGCUGCUGAAGCUGGAGCAAGCCUUCGAGAAGAACCAGUACGUGGUGGGCGCCGAGAGGAAGCAGCUCGCGCAGUCCCUCAACCUCUCAGAGACACAGGUCAAGGUUUGGUUCCAGAACCGGCGAACCAAACACAAGCGGCAGCAGCAGGAGGACGAGGGCGGCGAGAACAAGUCCGAGAGCAAGCAGGGAGAGGACGAGGGCCUUGUACUCGAGCACGAGGAGGAGGAACUCGACGUGGAGAACGAGGCUGAGACGCACUAGCUCCCCCACGAGACCUCCACUCGCGUCUUCCCCCCUCACCGCCGCUACCACAGCGCCGCCGCCAGGACUCGCCACACGCGCUGACGAUGACUCCUGACACGGAAGCCAUUGAGCGUUGUGUGGCCUAGUGCCUGUCAACGGUGCUCCGGAGUAGAAGUGGCCCCUGCUAUGGUCAAGGCAGGGGUACUGAAUCCUACGCCUCCUCGUCCUUAUCCUCUCCUUCUUCUUCCUCCUCCUUCUCCUCCUCCUGAUGCCUGGUAAAUGCAGCUCUGGAGUAGAAAUGAUCCCUGCUAUGGUCAAGACAGGGGCUCUGACUUCUCUGUUUCCUUGUCCUCAUUCUUUUGUCCUCCUCCUCCUCCUCCUCUCUUCCUCCUCCUCCUCAACUAACAUUCGCGUGACCAAGUACAAUACGUGUUUAUCCUGUUAGCCAUUACCCGGUUGUUGUUAGAGGCAGAAAUGCUCUUCCAAAACGUGACUUUUUCCCUCUUCGUCCUCGCUCUGUGUUCUUAAGUUGAGCGACCGCCGCCCCGGAGCCGCGGCCGCCUUAUACGUGGAUCAUAUUGAUCUGUACCACGACGCGUUGGUCCUCGCCCGUCAAGCACCCGACACUUGCUGGCUUUGUGACUUACUCCAGUGAUCGCGUUCCUCGCCCGGCUGUCGGUGUGUUCCUCUCUGCCCUGCCCGUCUUGAGAAGCUAAAUAGAAAGUGUUUGAUGGCCAGUAAGACAGUUUUCAUUGCGCUAGUUGAGGGAAAUGCUAGUUAACGGUGUUUUCCUUCAUUUUGAGUGAUAGAUGCAGUCUGAAAACAAGAUGGCCACCGCUGCCCCUCAGAAGUUAAUUUCAAAAUCCUGUAUGGCAAAAAGAAUUAUUUCCAUCGGUUUAUUUGAGGUAUAGGAUAGUACUACUUGAAUAUAUUCUCAUCUUCAGUCAGCGGUAUAACUUCUGCGCGGCCAAUAGUAUAAAUACCACCGAUUAAUUUGAAGGAGUGAUGUUAGUUAACCAUUCAAUCAUUAUUAGUCCAAAGGGUGACUACUGUGUGGCCAAUUCUACACUUGUUAUUGUUUUAUGGGGAAGGAGUGAUACAAGUUUGCCUUUUCACUAUAUUCAGUCAGCGGGGUCACUCUUGUCUGGCCAGUACUACAGUUUCUAUUGCUUCAUCUGAGUAAUACAAGUUGGCUCUUUCAUUCCCUUAACUUUUAAACACCGACUGCAUGGGCCCAGACACUACCGAUUAUACAUGUUACUAUAUCUGUCUCGUCUCGUGUCUUGCAUUUAUUUUCCUCUAUUCACGUUUAUAAAUAUUAUUAUUAUUAUACUUAUUACUAAGCGGCCCGGAUGCCCCUCCUAAAAGUUCCUAUGUGUGCCAUAUUCUGUACAUACGUGUAAAUAGCCUCGAAUAAUUUAUAUGUAAAUACUGUACCUACGAAGUUUAUUUGUUUGACGUGACUAAGUGUUGUGUUCCGUACCCGUGCCGAGCAACACCCCGACACCCACCACCACCACCACCACCUCCACCACCACCACCUCCACCUCCACCUCCCGGACGCUGGGCUUCAACACCUGACAAUAAUAAAAUGUUAGUCUCCGUC